AUCGCGCUCGGCGGAGCGGCAGCCGCGUUUUCCUCUCGGGCUUUUGAAUACAAAGAUUACGGUGCAGAAGGAAAUUGCACUCGGCUUCUCCGCCCCCCGGCCCCCAACACAAUGCACCAGCCGCCAGAGUCGGCCGCCGCCGCUGCUGCAGACAUUAGUGCGAGGAAGAUGGCGCACCCGGCUCUGUUCCCUCGGAGGGGCAGCGGCAGCGCCUCCGCUCUCAAUGCAGCAGGUACCGGCGUGGGGAGUAGUGUCCCAUCUUCCGAGGAUUUUCCGCCUCCGUCGCUGCUCCAGCCGCCGCUUCCUGCAGCAUCUUCGACGUCGGGACCACAGCCUCCGCCUCCACAAAGCCUGAACCUCCUUUCGCAGGCUCAGCUGCAGGCACAGCCUCUUGCGCCCGGCGGCGGAACGCAAAUGAAAAAGAAAAGUGGCUUCCAGAUAACUAGCGUUACUCCAGCGCAGAUCUCCGCCAGUAUCAGCUCCAACAACAGUAUAGCAGAGGAUACGGAGAGUUAUGAUGAUCUGGAUGAGUCGCACACGGAAGAUUUGUCUUCUUCUGAGAUCCUUGAUGUGUCACUUUCCAGGGCGACUGACUUAGGGGAACCUGAACGCAGCUCCUCAGAAGAGACUCUCAAUAACUUCCAGGAAGCCGAGACACCUGGGGCAGUCUCUCCCAACCAGCCUCACCUUCCUCAGCCUCAUUUGCCUCACCUUCCACAACAGAACAACGUUGUGAUCAAUGGGAAUGCCCAUCCACACCACCUUCAUCACCACCACCACAUUCAUCAUGGACACCACCUCCAUCAUGGGCAUCACCAUCCAUCCCAUGCUGGUGUGGCCAGUGCAUCCAUUCCUGGAGGGCCACCCUCAAGCCCAGUGUCCAGAAAACUCUCUACUACUGGAAGCUCUGACGGUGUGAUACCAGCUGCACCAACUUCUGCUGUAUCAUCUAGUGGCUCACCUGCAUCUGUAAUGACUAAUAUGCGCACUCCGAGUACUCCUGGUGGUGUCAGUGUAAAUUCUGUUACUGGGACUAGUACAAUGAAUAAUGUUAACAUUACUGCUGUGGGUAGUAUUAAUCCUAAUGUGACAAGCAGCGUGCUUGGUAAUGCUAACGUGAAUCCUAGCAAUAUUCCUGGUGCUGCUAGUGCCAGUGUUGGGCCUGGAGUUAGCAGCAGUGUCAAUGUGAAUAUCUUGAGUGGCAUGGGCAAUGGUUCUGUUUCAUCCUCUGCUGUUGUUAACAGUGUCCCUAACGCAGCUGCAGGGAUGGCUGUCGGAUUUGUUCCAACUCCACAGCAACAACCAACAGUCAACACAUCGAGGUUCAGAGUUGUGAAGUUAGAUACCAGUUCGGAACCCUUUAAGAAAGGUAGAUGGACUUGCACUGAGUUCUAUGAAAAAGAAAACACUGCACCUGCUGCGGAAGGUGUGGUGAUCAAUAAAGUGGUGGAGACUGUGAAACAAAACCCGGUGGAAGUGACUUCGGAGAGGGAGAGCACGAGUGGCAGUUCGGUGAGCAGUAGUGUCAGCAUUCUGAGUCAUUACACAGAGAGUGUGGGCAGUGGGGAGAUGGGAGCCCUGACUGUGGUGGUGCAGCAGCAGCAACCAGCUCUUCAAGGGGUGGCCCCUCAACAGAUGGAUUUCAGUAGCACUGGUCCGCAGAGUAUUUCAGCAGUUAGCAUGCCCCAGAGUGUUUCCCAGUCACAGAUCUCACAAGUCCAAUUACAGCCUCAAGAACUGAGCUAUCAGCAAAAGCAAGGUCUUCAGCCAGUACCUCUGCAAGCCAGUAUCAAUGCUGCAACUGGUAUCCAGCCAUCGCCUGUGAAUGUGGUUGGUGUAACUUCAGCUUUAGGUCAGCAGCCCUCCAUUUCUAGUUUGGCUCAACCCCAACUGCCGUAUUCUCAGCCGGUGCCUCCAGUGCAAACUCCCCUUCCAGGGGCACCACCCCAACAGUUACAAUACGGACAACAGCAAGCGACUGUUCCUACACAGAUGGUGCCAGGCCAUGGUAAAUUAGUGACUCAAAAUCCUCCUUCAGAGUAUGGACAGCAGCAACCGAUUCUUCAGGCAGCAGUGUCCGCCGGCCAGCCUAGUUCUGCAGGAGUGGGAGCAGGAGCUCCUAUGAUUCCUGUGGCUCAGCCACAGGGCAUCCAGCUGCCAGUGCAGUCUACAGUAGUCCAAACACAACCUGCAGGGGCAUCCGGCCAAGCCGCUGGCCAGGCUCAAACAGCAGUGUCCGCUGUACCUUUUAGUGGUCAGAUUGCAAAUAUUGGUCAACAAGCAAACAUCCCUACUGCAGUGCAGCAGCCCUCUACUCAAGUCACACCUUCAGUUAUUCAGCAAGGUGCUCCUCCAUCUUCACAAGUAGUUCCACCUGCUCAAACUGGGAUCCUUCAUCAGGGAGUUCAAACUAGUGCUUCAAGCCUUCCUCAACAAUUGGUCAUUGCACCCCAAAGUACCUUGUUAACUGUGCCUCCCCAGCCUCAAGGAAUAGAGUCAGUAGUUCAAGGAGUUGUUUCACAGCAGUUGCCUGCAGUUAGUCCUUUGCCCGCUGCUACUAGUAUUUCUGUUACAAAUCAGGUUAGCGCAACUGUUCCUCCUGCAAUGCCUUCAGCCCCAACAAACUUGGUUCCACCACAGAAUAUAGCACAAACCCCUGCCACCCAAAAUGGUAAUUUGGUUCAAAGUGUUAGUCAACCUCCCUUGAUAGCAACUAAUAUAAAUUUGCCCUUGGCUCAACAAAUACCGCUGAGUUCUACUCAGUUCUCUGCACAAUCAUUAGCUCAGGCAAUUGGAAGCCAAAUUGAAGAUGCCAGGCGCCCAGUGGAACCUUGCUUAGGUGGCUUACCUCAGACUAUCAGUGGUGACAGUGGGGGAAUGUCAGCAGUUUCAGAUGGGAGUAGCAGCAGCCUAGCCGCCUCUGCUUCUCUUUUCCCGUUGAAGGUGCUACCGCUGACGACACCCCUGGUGGAUGGCGAGGAUGAGAGCUCCUCUGGUGCAAGUGUGGUAGCUAUUGACAACAAAAUCGAGCAAGCUAUGGAUCUGGUAAAAAGCCAUUUGAUGUAUGCGGUUAGAGAGGAGGUGGAGGUCCUCAAAGAGCAAAUCAAAGAACUAAUUGAGAAAAAUUCCCAGCUGGAGCAGGAGAACAAUCUGCUGAAGACGCUGGCCAGCCCGGAGCAGCUCGCCCAGUUUCAGGCCCAGCUGCAGACUGGCUCGCCCCCGGCCACCGCGCAGCCCCAGGGGACCACGCAGCCCCCGGCCCAGCCAGCCUCCCAGGGCUCGGGCCCCACCGCGUAG